CAUUAUUUCGAUCACUUUAUCUUUGCCCUGGUCUGAAAAACCCCGUUCUCGCAGAGAUCGAAAAAGAAGAGGUUCAUUUCUUCGUCGACGGAAACCCUAAAAACAGUAAAAUCGAAAGAAAUUACAAAGGUUGGAUUUCGAUCGCUAUUAGAGGACCUUCAGCAACCAAGUAAGUAAACAUCUAGCCAUACAGAAACCCUAAUUAUCUCCAUCAUAUCACCAUUUCGCGACCUAGGACGAUUGCUCCCUGGGGUUUUGGUUUCUCACUUGGGUGGAAUCUAUACUUAAGCUCGUGGUGUUUAUCUAUCUCUUUUCUUGUCUCAAUCUUGAAUUAGAGUCCGAAUUAUGUGCGCCCUCUUCGAUCCUACCGGAAUUGGUUUAGAAGCGACAGAGUCUCAGUACACAGCUACGCGCUUUGAAUAUUUUGGUUUUGUGCUUUUCCUGUUAGCCUUUUAGGGGUUCUUUAAUUUGAAGCCCUUUUGUGAGUAGAGUCUGGAUUUGGGUAACGGGAAUUGGGUCGUACAGGAGUUCUCUGUACAGGAAAUGGACAGAUGACGCUUUCUUAUGUUCUUGCUCGGGUGAGAGACAGGCUUUAUCUUGGAGCUUUUGGUCAGAUAUAAUUCCAUGAAGAAGCAUGUGCCAACUAUCCUUAAUGGAUGAGGUUUUGAGGAUUGGGAGCAUGGCACUUGCAAUUUACAUUAAUCCGUAUGGAAAAGCAGUAAGCCAUAGAGCAUAUGUUAUUGCAGCCUCACCUUUUGCCCUUUGCUAGAAUUAUGGGAACAAGAAAGGCUUGAACUUCACCUUAUCUACCUUUAAGGUAGUUUUAUCCUGGCAGAAGUAUCAACUGCGAAAAUUUGUAAUCUGGGUUAUCUAUGCUUGGAGAUGGAAUCACAGACAAAGUCCGUAAUUUCUUGGAGCAAGAUAAUUUAUCACAGGGACAACAUCAAUCCCAGGCUGGAAGUGGAAAUUGGACAGUUCUGAACAACAAUUCACAGGGUGGACACCAGAGGCUGGUUGAGACACCUCCGAUUUCAAAUUUAAAGAACUUUAACGUACAACAAUCAGAUUCUGAGAGUGGAAACAUCAAGGAGUCUUUUGGUUUGCCACUCGGCACUAAUUUUACACAAUUAACUCUUCAGUCUGAUCUUUCUAAAAGGCAGCAGUUGAGGCUGAAUGGCUUUGUGCAUGGACAUCAGGGUUUCCAUGGAAGGAAUCAGAAAAGGUUUCAAGGAGAGGAUACAGUGUCAGAUCGGCAUAGUUUAGCAUCAAGAGGCUUAUUUACCCUUGAAUCACAGGGAGGGAAUGCUCCUGAACAAAGUUCUGCUGUAACCAGAAGUUCAGAACGGUUGGAAACUGCUGAAGCUCCUAUUAAUUUUGAUUUUCUCGGUGGUCAACAGCAGCUCAUGAGGGGGCAACAACCAGGCGUGCCUCAACCUCGACCGAGGCAGCAGCCUGGUUUUAAUGACAUACAGUUAUGGCAACAGCGUAUCAUGUUGAAGCAACUGCAAGAACUUCAGAGGCAGCAACAGCUUCAGCAUGUUGAUGAAGCCAGGCAACAGAAUUCCAUGAAACAGUCAUCUGCUGAUCAGUUGCCAGCCCUGAUCAAUGGAACUCCUGUUCAUGAUCCCUCUAAUUACUCAUGGACAAAUGAGCUUAUGGGGGGUGAAUCCAAAGUAGCAUCAAGUACACCUCAGAUGUUUAUGGCUAAUAAUAUUAACAUGGUGCAACGCAGUGGAUCUCCUUCUCUGCAAGGAUUUUCUAAUGGACUGAUGUUCUCAAAUGAGCAAGGUCAGGGUCUACGUUCAAUGGGGUUUGUUCCUCAACAGCCUGACCAAUCUCUGUAUGGAACUCCCAUUGCUAGCUCAAGAGGAAAUUGUAGUCAAUAUUCUAAUCUCCAAGGUGUCUCUCAUGAUUCUGCUGAUAUUUUCACCAAGGCAGGUGGUAACAUAGUAGAGAAACCUGGAGUGCAGACAUCAGCCUUUAGUAACACUUUUCAGGGUGAUGUAUUCACAAAUCAGGGAUGCAUGCAGGAUGGCAAUUCGGUUUCAAAACAUGGUUUUCAAGGGAAGAAUUUGUUUGGGAAUUUUCCAGCUCAAAGUUUGAGUAGUGGAGGCAUAUCUGGUAACUUCCAGCAGUUGCAUUCCCUUCCAAGGAAUGCACCAGUGCAGGAAUAUCAAGCGAGGCAUGAGCGAGCCGGUUGGUCAGGAAACUUGCAGGAAAAAGCAACGACACAGGCUGGUCCUUCCCAGGGUUUGGUUCCUCUAGAUCCGACAGAAGAGAGGAUUUUGUUCAAUUCAGAUGACAAUAUCUGGGAUGCUUCUUUUGGAAGAACUGGCAACAUGGGUACAGUAGGCUUGGGGAAUCCAAUGGAAGGUCCCGAUUUUUUCAAUGUUUUUCCUUCUGUUCAAAGUGGAAGCUGGAGUGCCCUUAUGCAAUCUGCUGUAGCAGAAACUUCUAGCAGUGACACUGGGCUACAGGAUGAGUGGAGUGGCUUGAAUAUCCAAAAGACUGAAUUGUCUGCUGGAAAUCAGCCGGCAUCAUUUAAUGACAGUGGGAAGCAGCAAAGUUGGGUUGAUCACAACUUACAGGCUGCAUCUUUAACUUCAAGACCAUUUCCAUUGUUUAAUGAUGCCAAUAUGAGCCCCUCUAGCCAUCAUGUUUCUGUUUUUCAGCAGUCAAGCAUCAAAUUUCCAUUUGAACAGAUCGAGAGGGUACAACCUGAUUCCUCUCGUGAUUCAAUUCAGCAGACUCCAAAAGAAGGCUGCAAGUGGUUAGAUCGGAGCCCUCAACAAAAGCCACUUGCUGAUGGUAAUCAUCAAGUUCAACCACCUAUACAUUUGGAAAAUUCCUCAGAGGGUUCUUGGGCUGGCCAGAUUUAUGAGCAGUCUGGGGCUGCUAUACAUUCUGCAGAGGCAGAAUUAAAUGUUCAGAACAUUCAGGGGUCUUGGAGCCAUCAGCAGAGCAUGCCAUCAUAUAAUAUUGGUGGUCACGAAUCAUUAUCAACCAGUGGAGAUGCUACAUUAAAAAUCCGAGAGAAUGAAAACACUGCACAACAUUCACAGGGCAAUGACAAUAAGAGAACAAUGCAACCCCAAAGGGAUAAUAGUAGUGGCAUGUGGAAGGCUGAUGGGAAUCACACAGGGAUUCAUUUUCCUAAUUUGACUGGCGGACAUGAGCAUGCAAAAUCUGGAGCAGGUAUAUCACAGAUCAACAGAGAAGAUUCUCAUGCGAACAAUUUUAUUGCUUUACCAAAUUCAGCUGCUGCAAAAAGCAACCAGGAAGUCAAUCAACAUGCCUCCAAUAGCCAUCAGUUUGAUUAUGGGAAGCAUAUUGUUGAUUAUUCUCCAAGAUAUAAAGGAAAUGAGACUGGAGGAAACUACCAGCCACCACCUAACAAGAUUCCUCGAGUUUCAGAACCAUUGAUGAAUGUCUCUGACAAGGCCUCAGUUGAAACAUAUGAAAAGAAGCAAGAAAACUGCUACCAGAGAGAUAUAUCUAAUGAUGGUUAUACCUCUAACCAAGCCCAACAAACUGCUAUGGGAGGUACUGCCAGAGAAAAUUUGUGGUUAAGUUCAAGUGAUUCUCAUGCUUCAGUUGCGGUGAACCAAAAGUCAUCUGGUCAGGUUGGUCGGAAAGUACCUGCCCGCAGGUUUCAGUAUCAUCCUAUGGGAAAUUUGGGGAUGAAUGUGGAACCUACUGACACCAUGAAGCAAAUCACACAUUCACAAGUGCUGUCCCAGCAGGUAACUCGAGGACUGAAAAGCCAUGAGCAAGGAUAUUUUGGGCAGUCAAAGUUUGUUGGUCAUAUUUCUAACAAUGCCGCAGAUAGGGAAAGGGGGCAGCUACAUGGUUUUCAAGGAAACAUGAAAAGGCCAGACGAUGUACCUUCUAGAGUAAUUCUUCCUGGCUAUGCAGCUAAUGCAUCUUCAUCUUUUGAUAGAUUAACUGGAUUUUACUCUCCAAACAGGACUGCUCAGACAAGCCAAAAUAUGCUUGAACUUCUUCACAAGGUAGACCAAUCAAGGGAGCACAACACCAAGAUGCAAUUUGAUUCUUCUGAUCGUGAUCCAUCAUCUGAGAUGCCUGAUGCAGAAGCUUCUGAUGGAUCUAUUUCUCAUGUUCAGCCCAAUCAAUCUUCUACUUCUCAAGGGUUCGGUUUACGGUUGGCUCCACCAUCUCAACGACUACCUGUAUCAAACCAUGCUUUCUCUCCUCAGAAUUCCUCACAAACAGAUAAUGAUCUUAAUUCAAGGCAUGGAGAUGCUGAGGCUGGAGAGAAGGGCCAGGCACGGAUGGAUCCUGGUAGUUCUGUGCAAUCUUUGCCUCAAGAAAUGAAUCAGAGGGAACAUUGGGAUAAUAAAUCUGGUGUUUCAGGUCAAGUUGGCAAUGAAACCUCAAAUUUUAAUAUGCAGAGGAACUCAUCUAAAGCCUUUACAUCUUUGCCAUAUCCUAGAAGUCAUCUUCAAAAUCAGCUAAUGUCUGGUGCAAGUGGAGAAGUGAUCAAAGAUCAAUCUGUCAAUGUUUCUUUGGGUAGACUUGCUUCACGUUUUAUGCAGACAGAUGACUCUCUUGAUGGAACUGUAUCUGAUCGAUCUACUCAAUCAUCAUUGCCUGGUGCAGGUGGCAGGAUGCCACCUUUUAACCUUGCCUCUCCUGCAGAUGCAUCCCAACAAAUCAGUACCAACUCCUUUCAGAGAGUUUCAGGACAACAGAUUCCAUUUCCAGAGGCUAAGUCCGUCUCUCAGCCUUCUAUCACACCUGGCAUGUCUCAACAUGAGUCAUACCCAACAAUGUUGCAUAAUGUAUGGAACCAGCAACCUUCUUCUGGUGGUCAACCUCACAAAGUUUCUCCUAAUUUUUUUCCGCCUGUCAACUCUUCAAAUAAUAAUCUUGAGAAGUCUUCAUGGACUCCACAAAAACUGGGUGAGCAAGAUACCAAGAGAGGAGGGUAUGGUUCCUCUGAAUUUGGUAUAUGUUCUAAUUCUCAACGCUUUUCUCAUGGUGAAGAUCAACCAAGGAAAGAAAGCUCCUGGCAACAAGUAACUUCUGAUAAGGUUGGACUGGUUCAACAAACAACAGCUUCAUCUCAAGGGCAAGAGUCCAAGGUUCAGCAAUUCAUGGAUGCAAAUCAUCUUCCUUCUGGAUCAUUGUUGUCUCAGCCACACCAGCAAGACAUUGAUAGGGGAAGGAAUGGGAAGGCUCCAGUAUUAAUCCCCCAAGCAGAGCAUGGACCUCUUCAAAACCCUGCUGCUUCCAACAGAGAAAUUGAAGCUUUUGGUCGUUCUCUCAAACCCUCACAUGUUUUACACCAAAACUACUCCUUACUGCACCAAGUACAAGCCAUGAAGGGUGUGGAGACUGACCCAGUUAAGAGAGGUAUGAAGAUAUUUAAGCCCACAAAUUAUGGUCCAGACACUCAACAUGCAGCAGCUUCUAAGGCAGGGCAGCAAUUAUUGUAUGGAUACAAUCCGAUGGUCAGAGAUGCUAUAGAUAAGGAACUUAAUGCAACCUCUACCAAAAUGCUUAGUUUUUCGUCAGAGGCAAGAGAAGAUCAGAAUGCAAAUGCAAAUUCCCAACGUGUAUCUUCUCAGGAUAUGGUUGCAUUUGGUAGAAAUGAUUCUCAAAACCAUUCUAGCCAUCUCAGUAUAGCAUCUUCAAGAACAGAACAUCCUCAGAUUAGCCCGCAGAUGGCACCCUCCUGGUUUGAGCAAUAUGGAACCUUCAAAAAUGGGCAGAUGCUGCCAAUGUAUGAUGCACGAAGGACUGCAAAGAGUGCUGCCCAGCAGUUCUUCUUUGGAAAGCCUUCUGAAGGUUUUCCUGUGCAUGCUUCAAUAGAGCAAGCAAAUGCUGUUGAUUCUGGUCAGGUUGGUAGCAUCUGGCAGAGUACAAGCACUACCUUAGUUGCAAGUGAGCACUUGUCUCCCUCUCAUUCUUUGCCAGCAGAUGUCAGUGAACAAACUCUGGCUGUUGUGAGGCCAAAGAAGCGUAAGAGUGUAACAUCGGAGCUCCUAUCCUGGCAUAAAGAAGUUACCCAAGGUUCCCAAAGGAUUCAAAAUAUCAGCAUAUCUGAACUAGAUUGGGCACAAGCUACUAAUCGGCUGAUUGAGAAGAUGGAAGAUGAAGCUGAAAUGAUGGAAGAUGGACAAACAGUGGUUCGACCAAGGAGAAGACUUAUAUUGACAACACAGUUAAUGCAACAACUUCUUCGCCCUGCACCAGCAGCAAUGCUCUCUGCAGAUGCCACUUCAAACUACGAGAAUGUCACAUACUAUGUUGCUAGGUUGGCACUAGGGGAUGCAUGCAGCCUGAUCACUUGCUCUGCAAGUGGUGAUUCACAUGCGCCUGUUGACAGUACGGACAUGACAUCUGAAAAGGUUAAAAGUUCUGAGCGAAUUGGUGGCCAGUAUCUCUUUAAAGCUAUGGAAGGCUUUGUCAACAAAGCUAGGAAACUGGAAAAUGACUUUUUGAGAUUGGACAAGAGAGCUUCAAUCUUAGAUCUGAGAGUGGAUUGCCAAGAUCUAGAAAGGUUUUCUGUCAUCAAUCGAUUUGCCAAGUUCCAUGGGCGGGGCCAUGCAGACGGGGCCGAGACCUCAUCGUCCUCUGAUACAUCUGCAACUGCACAGAAAGCCUUUCCCCAAAGAUAUGUUACUGCUCACCCAUUGCCUAGAAAUCUUCCAGAGGGGGUACAAUGUCUAUCACUUUAAUAAUUGAUCAAUUGAUUGCCUCCACCCCUGCAUGCACUUGUGGCCUCUUUCUUCUCUCUUACAUGAUGGCAUAUCCACGGAAACGAAGGUGACAAGAAUGAAAGAGGAAAUGCAGGACAAAAGGAAUGGGUUUUUGAUCGGCUCCUUCGGAGUGACCGAGGCUUUCUGAUCUUUAUAACCAUAGAGGCCAUUGGUAUCAUUUUUGAGAUGAAAACAUAAAUUCUUGUAUAUUGCCAUGAAAAUUAGACUUGGGGUUGGCCAUCGUUUUCCAAAAGAGCCAAGUGGGAAGAACGGCUGCUCCAUUUAUUUCUCCACAGAAAUCAUGGUGAUUGGUUCGAUUUUCAGAUCAAAUAUUUACAUUUCUGGGAAGAGGGUGAUUCAAUUUCAGUCAAAAAUGUUGCUUUCCCUGGGCAAGAGACCGGGGGCGGGAGGAGGAGCUAUGGGAUUUAAGGGGUUUGGAUCUUCUUCAGGACUGAUCUCCCCCGUCCGAUUGAACUGCAGGAAAUUCAUCCGGAAGCUGUGAUCAAUCAACUAAACGCAGCGUUGGUUAGACUAGUUAUAAGCCCAGUUAUCUCUUCUAUUUUCUCCCUUUGGCUACUUUCACGGGAAUCCAUCCCACUAACAUGUGCGUGAUGCUUAUUAUUAUGUACAAAAAAGGGACCACGGUAGAAAUGGGUCGAUCACGUGUAAUUGACCAUUCAUAUUUAUUUGGCUGAAAGUGAUCUGAAACGGAUAGAAGCUUCCGUGAUCUUUUUUUUUUUUGGUUCUCUCUGGAAAAGUACGGAGUCUUCAUUUUUUUUUCCUUUUUUGGGCCUUCUCUCUCUUCUCUAAAGUGACUAGUAAGGAGUAAGGACAAGUAUCUUUUAUUGUACCAGGAUUGACUCCCGAUAUUAGUGGGGGAGUUGUCGAAUGGGAUUUGAUUCGUAUCGUAUCUUUUUUUUUUCUUCUUUCUUUUUCUUUGCUGAUUCAAGGAAUAAUAACAAUGUCAGUGUCUGAGCCUCU